AUGGCUCGUCAGCUGGUCCCUGCCUUCGCCUACACCGCCGUCUACGUCAAGGACGCCGCUAGGUCCGUCGCCUUCUACUCCGACGCCUUCGGCUACAAGGUCCGCCGCCUCAUGCGCCGCCACAGGUGGGGGAAGUUGGAGAGCGGGCAGACGACCAUCGCGUUCACGCCGUUGCACCAGAGGGAGACGGACGAGCGGACGGGCGCGGUCCGAACGCCGGCACGGGAGGGGGAAAGAUGCCCCGUCGAGGUCUGCUUCGACUACCCCGACGUUGAUGCGGCCUACAAAAGGGCGGUGCCGGUGAGCCCUCCCGAGGUGAAGGAGUGGGGGCAGAAGGUGGGUUACGUGCGGGACAUGGACGGCAUCGUCGUGCGCAUGGGAAGCCAUGUGGGGGACGGCACUUCUCAUGUAUGAAACCUCAGCUCACAACAGCAGCAGAAGCAGAGGAAGUGCGUGUUUGACUUCUGGUAGUGAUUCUGCGUGGAUCAGAGACGAAAUAAUUGAGGGGGUUGAAU